AAUCUGGUUCCUGAUCCUAAAUUUUCAAAAAAACUCAUCUGAGAAUGUUCUGGAAUACAAUAUAAAUAUAUAAAAUAUAAUGGCCUCGUUGAAAGGCGGUGUUCUGCAGAAGCUUUACGAGGAGAUGAAAAUGGCGGAAGAAGGAAAUAACAAUAAUAAUAAUAAUACGGCGGCGGACGACGAUCCCCGGCCGGUGCUGCUGCAAAUCCGCAGCAUAAUUCCGGUGCUGGAGGAAGGCCAUCUGUGGCCAAACCGAGGCUUCUUCCUCAAGGUCUCCGAUUCGUCUCACGCGCUCUACGUCUCCCUCUCAGACGAGCAGAACGAAAUGAUCCUCGGGAACAAAUUGAAAUUAGGUCAAUUCAUAUACGUACAGCACCUGCAGAAAUCCGAUCCCGUCCCGGUUCUGCGCGGCGUCACUCCCACCCCCGGCCGCCGGCCCUGUAAGGGCACGCCGGUCGACAUCGAACCGCCGCCGGAUCUGGUCAAGCUUCUAGAAGCCUCCUCCGCCGGCUCCGGCGAUGGUUCGGUUGUAGAAGAGAAGGGGGUUAUAGCGGAGAAGAAGGUAUUGCGGGCCCCACGGAGGCUGCUGCUACGUGGCAGCUCGGAUUCCGAGGCGUCUGUGAAGCACGCGCCGUCGUCGUCGUCGGUGAAGACUCCUCGCCGGCGGGACAGAUCUGCGGCGAAAUUAGCUGGCGACGGUAGGAAGGAUAGAUUGGAAGAUAAUAAUUCCGUUGAGAACAACGAGAGCGACGACGGUGGCACGAGAGUUGCACGUGUCACGAAGAGACGGAGCUGGAAUCAUUCCGACAUGAUGAAGGUCAAGGAAGCUUUUGAUUCCUCCUCCAAGCUCCCGCCGAGGAGCCGUAGCGCCAAUGUUUCGCCUGUUCGUUCUUUGGUAUCAGACAGCUCCGACGAGAAUUCAAGUUCAACAUCAACAACAAGAGCUGUUGCUUCGAAGAAGAAGACCACUGCUCAAUUGCCUGCAUCAACAGCAAAAGAAGAAGAAGAAGAAGAAGUAGAAGAAGGCCAUCAUCAAGAAGAAGAAGAAGAAGGUAAAGAGUCGUCGAUCCAAGAAACUGAAAUGAUAUCCAUGGAAUCCCUCCUCCACCUCCCGCCGGAGUCUGCCAAAUUCGGAAAGGAGGUCAUAAGACAACGAGACGCUGCAAUGGCCGCCGCCGUCGACGCUCUGCAAGAGGCCUGCGUUUCCGAGAGAUUGCUCAACUGCUUAAGGACACUGUCAAAGUUAAAUCUACAGCAAGACGACGAUCUAGAGCCAUACCUCCAAAAAUUCUUCAACCUACAAGACGAUCUUGCUCGAACUACAUCAAUACUCCACUCACUACCAAAUGCAACGCCGCCGUCCACCGCCGCCGGAGAAUCCGAUCCGUGCGCCGACGACACAGCCAAGGCCCGAACAAAGAACGCAAACGAAUGGAUCAAAUCCGCCAUAGCUUCCGAUCUUACGCCAAGCCAAUCCGGCCGCUGUAAUAAAGAGAAAAGCAUCUGUAACCUUAAAAACGACGCCGACAAGGAAUGCUGGCCGGUCUGGCCGGAGUGGCCGGACCGGGUCAACUCGCCGGAGUGGAGCCAGGGCAGCAGUUUUCCGGCGGCGUUCGAGCUGGCGGCGUCGCUGCAGCUGGAAAGCAAGAAAAUGUUUUUCUGCCACGUGGAUGACUACCUGGACGGGGUGGAGCGGAGCAUUGCGGCGGCGGAAUCGGACGGGCAGGUGGCGGCGACGAUGUUGAAGGUGAAGAUGGUGAGUGACAGCGUGGAGAAGACAGUGGAUAAGGAGAAGAAGAAUGACGUGUUGUGGAAGAAGGAACGUGAAUUCGGGGGUGGGGGUGGGUGGGUAGGGGAGGGGGAAGCUUAUACAAAGGUGAGGAACAAAAUCUAUGAGAUCUUACUCAACAAUGUGGCGAAGACUGCCAUGGCUUUUCAACGUCUGCACGCGCAGGCCUCGUCGUCGUCGUCUUCCUCGGAUCCUCCAUGUAAUAAUCAUAAUUAA